AACCAACAUGAACGACGCCACGUUAUAUUCCAAAUAUCACAGAAUACAAAUCGACGAAGCUACUUUUGUAUUAGAAAAUUAUAUACAAGGAAUUAAAUGGAAAAGUGGUGACUCUAUUUGGACGUAGGAUCUGGUUCGGUGAAGUGACCAUGGAAGUGUUAUACCACUACUUCCACACGACUUUGAAAAACUUGUUGGAUUGGAUAUUUCACCGGAGAUGGUAAAUCAGGCAAACAAACAAAAUAAAAACCCAAAAAUAGAUUUUAUUGUAUGCGAUAUAGCAUCCGAAAAUAUUACGAAAACGAUAGAUGAAAAAUUCGAUCACAUAUUCUCGUUCUUUUGCUUGAACUGGGUUCAAAAUCAAAAACAAACUGUGAAGAAUAUGUACAAUCUGCUGAAGCCAGGCGGUGAUAUGCUAUUGGCUAUAGUUACAAAAUCAACGAUUUUUGAUAUUUAUGAAUCGAUGGCCAGCUACCCGAAAUGGAGCAAAUUUUUGACGAACUCAGAGGAAUAUAUAUCGCCGUAUCAUCAUUGCACUGAUCCCGAAGCUGUUUAUGAAAAGUUGCUCGUAGAUGAGGGUUUCGAGGUGAAAAUUUGUAGAGUACAGCAGAGAUUUAUGAUUUUCUCCGAUUUA